CGCAGCGCCGCAUUAUUGAUCAACUGUAGUGUGACAGUACAGAUCUGAACAGAGAAAUGGCAGAAACCGCUCCAGCUCCAGCAGCCCCGCCGGCGAAAGCGCCCAAGAAGAAAUCUGCAGCCAAACCCAAGACAGCGGGUCCAGGCGCGAGUGAUCUCAUCGUUAAAGCCGUGACGACCUCCAAGGAGAGAAACGGUGUGUCUCUGGCCGCCCUGAAGAAAGCUCUCACCGCCGGCGGAUACGAUGUGGAGAAGAACAACUCCCGCGUCAAGCUCGCCAUCAAGAGCCUCGUGACUAAAGGCACACUGGUCCAGACUAAAGGAACCGGUGCUUCAGGAUCUUUCAAACUCAACAAAAAACAAGUCGAGACUAAGAAGCCAGCGAAGAAAGCCGCUCCUAAAGCAAAGAAGCCCGCAGUGAAGAAGCCCGCUGCUGCUGCCAAGAAGCCGAAGACCGCAGCGGCAAAGAAGACCGCCGCAAAGAAGUCUCCCAAGAAGGUCAAGAAACCUGCCGCCACCGCCGCUAAAAAGGCAACGAAGAGCCCCAAGAAGGCGAAGAAUCCAGCGGCCCCCAAGAAGACAGCGAGUCCGAAGAAAGUAGCUAAAAGCCCCAAGAAGGUCAAGGCUGCAAAACCCAAGACGACAAAGCCCAAAGCAGCGAAGCCUAAAAGGGCCGCCCCGAAAAAGAGGAAAAAGGAAAAAAUAAACAGGUUUAGAACAAUUCGAAGGAGAGUAAAUGAAGACGGAUGUUUCAUUUUGGGGUGAAUGUGAAUGAUGAUGAUGAUGAUGAAAACUCACGCGCUCUUCCUGCACAGAUGAUCUGAAGAAGAAUGACAGUAGGAGCAGCAAACACUGACACCUCAACAAUCACUAGAAUCACUAGAAGACACAAGAACACCAUUAAAUCCAUCAAACUCUCAAACACUACACAUGAGAAACAAACACAAGAUGAGUUCAGUGAGAGUUUCACUCAUGUACUUAUGUAACAGGACACAUGGAUCACAAUGAACACUUCAUACCUCUUAUUAUUAUUGAUGUUGUAGUUGAUGCUGUAAAAAACAAAGUUUAGUUAAGAUGCGUCAUAAUGUGGAAACACACACACACACACACACACAAACGGCAAUGAUGUACCUUGUUGUUGUGUAGUUUCUGUUGUGUUAAGAGUUGAGAAUCUCUCAGGGUUUGUGGUGGUCACUAGAAUCUUGUUUGAAUCUGUAGAAGAUGAUGAAUGUUCAGAGACAUCAUACUGUAGAACAUCACAAUCAUAUUUCAUGUUUAUGUCAUUUCUUCAUCAUCAGUACAAAGUUUAAUGACUGAAGUCACUUUGAGUUCAGGACACUCCUGUCAGAGUGAUGUCUUACCUGUAAAUCUGACAGUAUAUGUGACUGAGGUCUUGAUGUCAUUCUUGUGUUUGAGCACACAUCUCAACUCUGUGUUGUCGUCUUCAUUCACGAGUGUUGUAGUCAGAGAGA